AUGGAAAUAUUGAAAUUCUUUUACUUCAUUAAUCUUUUGAUUCUUCUCUCUAUUUUCAUCUUAUCAUCAUCAUUACCAAUUGAUCCUUAUUCACAAGCACUCUUGAGUCUUAAAUCUGAGCUUAUAGAUGAUAACAACACCAACUUAGAUGAUUGGGUGAUGCCUUCGGGAAAGAACUUAUCUAAAAGCCUAAGUUCAUAUGCAUGUUCUUGGUCUGGAAUCAAGUGUAACAAGAAUUCAGUUGUAACAUCCAUAGACCUUUCCUUGAAGAAACUCAGAGGUAAAUUACCUGCGGAAUUUUCAGAACUCGAAUAUCUUAGGAUUCUUAACCUAGGUGGAAGUUACUUCACCGGAACAAUUCCAUCUGAAUAUGGUUCUUUUAAAAGCCUUGAGUUUCUUCAUCUAGCUGGAAAUUCUCUAUCCGGAAAUAUACCUCCGAAUAUUGGUAACCUUCAAACCCUAACUCACAUGGAAAUUGGCUACAACUUUUACCAAGGUGUCAUUCCACCACAACUAGGUAAUUUGAGUCAGCUUCAAUAUCUUGACAUAGCGGGUGGUAAUCUUUCUGGUUCUAUUCCAAAAGAAUUUUCCAACCUCACAAGUUUGCAAUCACUUUAUCUAUUCAAAAACCAUUUCACCGGAUCAAUACCAAGCGAGCUCGGUAAAAUUAAGUCUCUUACCAAUCUAGAUCUCUCUGAUAACUUCCUUUCCGGGUCCAUUCCCGAAAGCUUUUCGAAGCUGAACAACCUAAGACUUCUUAGUCUCAUGUACAAUGACAUGAGUGGAACUGUUCCAGAAGGCAUUGCAGAACUCACACUCUUGGAAACUCUUCUUAUUUGGGAGAAUAAUUUCUCUGGAUUACUUCCAAAGAGUUUAGGAAAAAACUCCAAACUCAAAUGGGUUGAUGUCUCGACAAACAAUUUCAAAGGCGGCAUUCCACAAUACAUCUGUUUCGGUAGAGUACUGUAUAAGUUAAUAAUGUUUUCAAACUUAUUCACCGGAAGUGUUUUCUCAAUCUCGAAUUGUUCUUCCCUUGUUCGGCUUCGCCUUGAAGAUAAUUCAUUCUCGGGUGAUAUCAACGUCUCUUAUAAUAAUAUGACAUAUCUGGAUUUUUCAUCGAACAAUUUUGUUGGUGGGAUUCCCUCAGAUAUUUCUCAAGCUACUCGUCUGGAGUAUUUCAAUGUCUCUCGUAAUAAUUUCACAGGUCAAAUACCUGAAGAUCUUGCCAAUUUACCUAUUCUCAAAAUUGUAGAUUUAUCUAACAAUAAUUUCAAUGGCCUCAUACCUGCAAAAUUUGGAAGUUCAUCAAGUUUACAACUUCUCAACGUGUCGUUCAAUAAUAUCUCAGGCUCAAUACCAAAAGGAAAGCCAUUCAAACUAAUGGAUAGAAGUGCUUUUAUUGGAAAUCUAGAGCUAUGCGGAGCACCAUUAAGACCAUGUUUUGAGUUUCUAGGAGUAUUAGGCAAAUUAAGGACUUGGAAGCUUACACAUAUUGUGUUACUUUCUAUAGGAUUGUUGAUAAUCCUUCUGGUGUUGGCUUUUGGAAUACAUCACUUAAGAAAAGGAUUCAGGAAUACAAUGAAGCAAUGA